AUGCAUCCCUCAAUUGACUCGUCACCAAAGGCGCUCGCGCCACGACUUCAACCACUUCAAGCCUAUGAUGCGGCGACAGAUGCUCCUCUGACGAAUCGCGAUGCCGCCACGACGUUCAAGCUAGCAGUCAAGGACAACAUCGCGACCCACGGCCUACCGACGACAUGCUCCUCGGCCAUCCUCUCUUCCCACAAGAGUCCCUACGAGGCCACCAUUGUGCGCCAACUCCGAGACCGAGGCGCCCACGUCGUCGGCAAGACAAACAUGGAUGAGUUCGGCAUGGGAUCGCACUCUCUGAACUCGGUCCAUGGGCCGGUGCUGAACCCGCUGUCCGCGACCCCCACCUCGGCUGGUGGAAGCUCCGGAGGAAGCGCCGUCGCCGUCCAGACGGGCGAGGCCGACGUCGCGCUAGGAACAGACACGGGCGGGUCGAUUCGUCUCCCCGCGGCAUACUGCGGCGUUGUGGGAUAUAAGCCUUCCUAUGGCAUGCUCUCUAGGUUCGGCGUAGUGCCGUAUGCCAACUCGCUCGACACCGUUGGCCUGCUCGCGCGGGAGGUGGGCGUCAUUGAGGAUCUGAUGUUCAGCACCGGCCUCGACGGGGAGCACGACGCCCAGGACCCGACGUCCUUAUCGGAGAGUUUCAGAAAGAGGCAGCAAGCACAGGGAGGGACAGACCGUCGCUCGCGCCUCAGGAUCGGCAUCCCCAUCGAGUACAACAUCGAGGAGCUGGACCCGCAGAUCAGAACCGCGUGGUCUGACGCCGCAGACCUCCUCCAGCAAUCCGGCAUCGACGUCGUCCCCGUGUCCCUCCCGUCAACCAAGCACGCGCUCUCAGCGUACUAUGUCAUCGCGCCCGCCGAGGCCUCGUCGAACCUCGCCAAGUUUGACGGCGUCCGGUACGGCACGCGCGGCGACGAGAGCGACGGCGCGGGCGAGGUGCUCUACUCCAAGACGCGCGGCCUCGGCUUCGGCGACGAGGUGAGGCGGCGCAUCCUCCUCGGGUCCUACAGCCUCAGCUCCGAGGCCAUGGACAACUACUUCCUCCAGGCGCAGCGCGUGCGCAGGCUCGUGCAGCGCGACUUCGACCGCGUCUUCCGCCGGCCCAACCCGCUGUACGACGAGCGCCAGUUCGACCUGAGCGACAUGGGCGACGGCGUCGAGCUGCAGGACAAGCUCGGGCCGUCCCAGGUCGACUUCCUGCUGUGUCCCACGGCGCCGACGUUUGCGCCGCGGAUCGACGAGGUCCGCCGCCAGACGCCCGUGCAGGUGUACAUGAACGAUGUCUUCACCGUCCCCGCGAGCCUGGCCGGUCUGCCGGCCGUCAGCAUCCCAAAAAAGGUCGAGUCGCACGAUGCAGAGGCAGACGAGAGCCGCAAGGUGGCAGGGCUUCAGCUGAUCGGCCAGUACUGGGACGACAGGCGACUGCUCGGCGUGGCCAAGGAUCUCCUACGUCGUUUCUCCGCAUGA